CUUAACCAACACAUAUUAUAAAACAAUCAUUAUAUACACACACAUAAAGAAGUUGUGGUGUUACGUUGUGGAAUUAGAUGAUGACAACGAGUAGUUGCAAAGUCAGUAACAACAAGAGAAAUCACCAAGGUGAAGGAGGAGACGAGCAACGACAUCGACGGACAUGGGCGGAUAUGUGUCCAGAAAUCCUCCAUUCCAUCUACGCCAAGCUGCUUCCUUCCCACCGCCACGGCACCCGCUUCGGCUCCGUCUGCAGGAACUGGCACCGACUCCACUCUCCGACGUCCAAAUACAUGUGGCUGGUAUAGACGCCAGGAAUUACCAACGGCAACAUGGACGGCCGAUCACAUGGGAGGAGUUCCGCUCAAGGAUAUGUGUCCAGAAUUAAGUUUUCGAACUCAUUAAAAUUCCAAAUCCUGCAAAUAUUUAAAAAGUUUGUUAUAACUAAGGCUGCCUAGUCUUCAAAUGUUCUGUGCCUUGGGCAUUGCCAUGUGACUGAGAGGAAGAAAGAACGACUUGGGCCCUAAUCUGCUUGGUGGACCGCUGCGGGCUAACAAAUUCCAUUGUGGGCCCGGAUUUGCCCAUGGACAGUGCGGGCUUGGAUUUGCCAUCCCAAAAUUGUCUUGAUUAGCAAUGGUUAUGGAGAUCAGUGUAGGAUUAAUUCCUUUAUGCCACAACUUUAUCAAACAUAAAGCUAAGCCACUUGCUUGCUCUAAUGGGCAUGUGCACAGUGUUAUAAAUCUUUGUGAAUCUAGUAAAGUAGCCAUUUUUCCCCCUUUAAUCGACACUACAAUAAUUCUAGUGGGGAAGGGUGAAUUAUCUACAAGAAUUGUUAAGUUGGUGAUUGAAAUGCAGUUUGAGUCCAGUACAGUCUCACAAAAAAUUCUAACGGUCAUGGGCGUGAGUGAGGUACGUGGUUCAUGGGUCGGCAAAAAAAUUAUCGACACUAAUUCGAGUGGGUAGCGAAUGAGUUUAGGUCACUAGAUUAAUAGUAAAUAUUCGUUUGUUCUUCAUACAAUUAGUGGGUAUUUUAUAUCACCCCACUAAUAGUUAAGAAUUGUCUUAUCAUAGUGGGGAUUAAGAAAUUCGCACAAGAAAAAUAAAAUCAAGCAAAAAGGUAAUCCUGCCACUGGAAUUCUCAAAAGUCAAGUUUGUUGUGAUGAGAUUGGUAUAUGGUAGGUGAAACUCUCCAACAAAGUGAUAACUAACCCCAAAAUAAAAUCUAAAAUCAGUGGGUAUUUUAUAUAUUUUUUUCUUCUUCUGAAUUCCAAUUUGGAGGGCUUCUUUUGCAUAGGUCAGUCAAGCCCCCCACAACUAUUAACUAUACUCUUAGUUUUCUUUCCCCCACUAAACUUGAUUAAAUAAACAUGUUUAGCAUAUUGAUGACAGGAUUAGCUGAUGAUUAGGCGGAUCAUUGGUCCUUCUAAGAUUGAAACCUGCUAAACUACAAAUUACUCGAAUUAUAUAUAUAAUUGCUUUGGGAAAUGAUAUAUGUAAUAAAAUUUAGUAAAUUGAGAGGAUCUAACAUAUUUGCCACUUCAUAGAUUCCAAAGAGGUUUUUAAGCUAAUAAACAAGUACGAGCUUGUGAGCAUCGAGCAUGGAUGCAUAUUGCAUACUGAUGCAAAUGGGAUGCCAUAAUGUUGGAUAUCAUCGAGCAUGGCUCUAGCAUAGUAGCAUCAUAUCUAGGUAGACCCAUAUAUUUUGUGGUGACUUAAGUUAGAAGAUAAAUGACUCGAUAAAUGUACAAUACACGAGUAAGUAUAUACCUAAUGACAUAGAAACAAGAUCUCUCAAAUGGAAAUGUCAAAAAUUAAGAUAAGAACAUAGAAAGCAAAAAAAGGAAAACAUGAGCAGUAUCUAAACGAUGAAUAUCACUGGAAAAUUUCACAAAAUAUCCAUAUACCACACUCAAAUACAUAAUCAUUUCUACUUGUUCAUCGUCUUUUCCUAAAAUAUUCACCUUGAAUAACCCUCGAAUCGGUUCACUUCUUUAUUCGAUAUUGUUCUUAGCUAACCUAGAGUAAAAUACUGAUAACAUC